UCUCAGGCGCCGGCGGGCGCGCUCUCGCGUUCCCAGCGUCGGAGGCCUUCCCCACCCCCCGCCCUGCCGCGCGCUCCCGGCUGCGCUCGUCCCCGCGGCCCAGAGAGCCCGGCGGCGGCUGCGCGCGCGAACCUGCCCGGCACGGUCCCCGCCCCCAGACACACCGGCUCCCGGGCACCACGGCCAUGUGCUCGCUGGCGUCGGGUGCUCGCGGCGGCCGGGGUGCCGAGGAGGAGGACGAGGACCUGCCCGCGCUGUCCGACAGCGGCGACGAGGCCGCCUGGGAGGACGAGGACGGGGACGAGGCUGGCCUCCCCCACGACAAGCGGCAGACCCCCUGCCUGUUCUGUGACAGGUUGUUUACGUCUGCUGAAGAAACAUUUUCACACUGUAAGUCUGAACAUCAAUUUAAUAUUGAUAACAUGGUCUGUAAACAUGGACUUGAAUUUUAUGGAUACAUUAAACUAAUAAAUUUUAUUAGACUUAAGAAUCCUACGGUUGAGUAUAUGAAUUCCAUAUACAACCCAGUGCCUUGGGAGAAAGAAGAGUAUUUGAAGCCAGUGUUAGAAGAUGACCUUUUACUUCAAUUUGAUGUAGAAGAUCUUUAUGAAGCGGUGUCAGUCCCACUCUCAUACCCCAAUGGACUCAGUGAAAAUACAUCUGUUGUUGAAAGAUUGAAGCAUAUGGAAGCCAGGGCUCUGUCUGCCGAAGCUGCAUUAGCUAGAGCACGUGAGGAUCUGCAAAAAAUGAAACAAUUUGCUCAGGAUUUUGUGAUGAACGCAGACGUCAGAACCUGCUCGUCAUCUACUACUGCCAUUGCAGGCCUCCAGGAGGAUGAGGAUGGUGUUUAUUUCAGCUCAUACGGGCAUUAUGGGAUACAUGAAGAAAUGCUAAAGGACAAAGUACGAACAGAAAGUUACCGAGAUUUCAUAUACCAAAACCCACACAUCUUCAAAGACAAGGUAGUUUUGGAUGUUGGUUGUGGAACUGGAAUUCUCUCUAUGUUUGCUGCUAAAGCUGGGGCCAAGAAGGUUCUUGGAGUUGAUCAAUCCGAAAUACUCUACCAGGCAAUGGAUAUCAUAAGACUAAAUAAACUUGAAGAUACUGUUAUACUAAUUAAAGGAAAGAUUGAAGAAGUUCGUCUUCCUGUAGAAAAAGUGGAUGUUAUUAUAUCUGAGUGGAUGGGCUAUUUUCUUCUUUUCGAGUCUAUGUUAGAUUCUGUCCUUUACGCAAAGAACAAAUACUUGGCAAAAGGAGGAUCGGUCUACCCUGACAUUUGCACCAUCAGCCUUGUGGCAGUAAGUGACGUGGGUAAGCAUGCUGAUAGAAUUGCUUUCUGGGAUGAUGUCUAUGGCUUCAACAUGUCCUGCAUGAAGAAAGCAGUUAUUCCAGAGGCUGUUGUGGAAGUUUUAGACCCGAAGACUCUUAUUUCAGACCCUUGUAGUAUUAAGCAUAUAGAUUGCCAUACGACUACUGUCUCAGAUUUGGAGUUUUCUUCAGAUUUUUCCCUGAAAAUCACAAAGACGUCCUUGUGCACGGCAAUUGCUGGCUACUUUGAUAUUUAUUUUGAGAAGAAUUGCCACAACAGGGUCGUGUUCUCUACGGGCCCCCAGAGUACCAAAACACACUGGAAACAAACAAUAUUUCUAUUGGAAAAGCCAUUUCCAGCCAAAGCAGGUGAAGCCUUGAAAGGAAAAAUCACAGUCCACAAGAAUAAGAAAGACCCACGUUCUCUCAUUGUGACCCUCACGUUGAAUGAUUCAACGCAGACUUACAGUCUCCAGUGAAGAGGCCACGAAAGCACACUCUGCCAUGUGUAUUGUGGGAGUGGGAUGGGUCGGAGGUGCAGAGAGGGGUUUAUGUGAGCACACGGAGGAUGGGUCCUUUCCUAAUGAGCCUCCUCAGUUUGGAGAAGUGUGGGAGGAAUGAAAUGUCAUUCAGCUCAGGAGGAGGACCCAUGGGUCCUAGUGGGCCACCUGGAUAAUCACAUUCCUGGAAGUCUGGUCAGCGAGAUUAAACCAAAUGUAACCCCUCCAUUGAGUUUAGCUAUAUUGAAAAUCAUUUAAAUUGGCCUCGAUUUGGAACAGAGACAGUCUUUGAUUUUUAAUAAGUUUUUAAAACUGGUAAUUGAUCAGUUAUUUGGAUGAUGCUUCAUUAUAUCCGUCUUAUUGCAGAUUUCCUCCCUGAGGGGGAGGAGUUCUUAAUUGUAUUAUUUGCUAGAAUAUCAGGAAGUAAUAGAUGAAAGAGCAAGUGUAAGGGACUAAAAUGUGGAAGAGAGCAUCCCACAAAUCGUCUUUGAAGACAGCUUAGUGGAUGAUUCUGGAGUGCCAGCUUUCAUUUUGGAGCUUCUUCCCUCUUUGCAAAUGUUCUUUAGCCAUAGAGUUUUCUAGUAUUGCCCAGGAAGUCUAAUUUUAAUACAUUUAGCCUAGGUUUCAUCAAAGUUUUUAAAGAUUGGGAUAAAUAUGUACUUAUUUACUAAUAUAAUACCUUUUUCAAACUAGAUUUAUGUGCCAAGUUAAACAUGUAACUGUUAAUAUAUCAUUCUAUACAAUUGUAUCAGUUAUUUCAGUCUGAAACAGACUAGAAAAACAUUCAAUAAAAUGUAUACAACAAA